AUGGCGACGAGAAAUGCAUGCCAGCCGAAUUGGCUAUCCGGAGCAGUGGAUGGCGACGACGACGACACUGACCAGGAAUUGAAAGAUUUCGCUAACAUGAAACCUUUAUUGCAGGAUUUGGACGUUUCGUUGUUUGCUAUUUGGAUGGCCUCUCACGAAGUUGACCAGAAGUAUCUGGGCCAACUAGCGGCUACUACUCGCCAUGAAAAUCCGUUUCUUUCGAGCAUGCUCUACAAGAUCCUUGGUUUAUCUGUGAUUCUAUCCAAGAAGCUUGUUCGUGCUCGGAAGCUUCGCCGCUUGGAUCCAACGCGCGAGACAAAAUCUUUACAGCUCUAUUACCAUAUUGUCUGGCUUUCGCGCGAAGGAUUGGUGAUUGUGGAGCAGUACAUAUUGCCCAUGGUACAAGACUAUAUCCUACUCAAAGUUCUCGCCUACAAACUGCGCGCAUCAUUCUAUCAUAUAUUUGUGCUUUUUCACAAUCAGCCGGCCAUUCAUACUCCGGGAAUAUCGAGUUUACCAAGCUCAACUAACCUACCUAAUGGUGUCCGUCAUACACCCUCAGACGAUCAAUCAGAUCCCAAGCGAGAAUCAAUAUCGCAAACUCCUCCGCCCAGUGAAGGUGGACCAGUUCGACGGCCUCCGGAAAGCAGCGUCAAAAAGGGUCCUCCAGGUCUAAACCCAUAUCCACCGCCUAAACGGGCGGCAUCUUUUCUAUUACCAGCUCUCGACUAUACGCAGACAGCAACUCCUUGCUUCAGCCAUGCGGCUACUCUAGCUGAUACAUUGCUUCCUGGGUCGCAUCCUCUCCGACUAUCCGUGAAACUUGAAUACGCUGCAUAUCUCUUUGACUGCCUUCACGAUGCCGACGCAUGCCGGCGACUAGCCAAACAGACUAUCGCAGACGUGUACAAUGCGCAGGAAGGAAUGGAUGACGAAAGUUUCGAGGAUGCAGCCGAAUUGGUCGCUGUUCUCGGACGAAUGGUGAAGCGUGGUGGAAAGACAAGCAGUGCCGGUGGAAGCAGUGUUGGCCGUGACCGUGAUCGCUCUCGCAGCAACGACCGUCAAAGUACUACGAAAGGAACGCCGCCUCAACAAACACCACAUACACCCGUACGACAAACAGUUACCAAUCACCAGAAAACACCUGCUCAACAGUCAGCUUCACCUACUCCAAGUCGAAAGAAAUAUUCUCCCCCUACACCUUCGCAAAUGAAAGGCAAACCGAAGCAUUCUCCAUCCGCGGGGUCCGGGGGAAGUACCACGCCUAAAGCCCCCGUCCCAGUCAUCAAUCCUAUCUAA